UAUAUUCUUUUCUUCCCACCAUCAUUGACACAGUUUUUCUCUCUCUAAAACCAAGAAAGAGAGAGAGAGAGAGUUCAAGAAUGUGUCCCCUCAGAAUAAUUCUGAUCUUCCUCUCAGCUACCCUCGCCGGAUUCUUCGUUGUCAAAAACCUCAAGUCGCCGACGGGCCCGCAGAACGAGGACGUCGUAGAAGAAAAUGAACCCGUCAAGGGCGUUCCUAUUUCCUCCAAGGUUUCCGCGGCGGUAGGAAAAGGGUUUUGGACUUUUGUGGACAUGGCAAGCGGCAGGUAUCUGUGGAGGAAUUUAGUUUCUUCAUCUGGUUCUUCCACUGGGAAGCUUUGUACCGAUUAAUUGGGUCGGUAAUGUUGUAUUGGCAAUUGUUGGAGGCUGUUUAGUUUUGGUGAUUUUCUUGCAUUGUUCUGUGCUGUAUAAUCAUUGCUUGACACUGAGCCUUCUGAACUCGAAUAAUCUCCGUUGUAUAGUUCUAUAUACAUGCUUUAAGAUGCAGUAUGAAUUAAAUUGUUUUUACUCUUGUAAUGAAAUUAUUCCUUGUAUAGAUAUCAGGCUGCACAAUGUUGUUCUCUUAUCUAUUUGUUCCUCUCACUUUGCUCCGAAAACAGGAAA